UGGACUCCAGGAACAUGGCGAAGGCAGAGAUCUCCACACCUACCAUUUGGGCUGAGCCAGGUUCUAUUGUCACCUGGGGGACACCUGUGACCAUCUGGUGUCAAGGGACCUUUGGAGCUCUGGAGUAUUAUCUGGAUAAAAAAGGAAGCCCACCACACUGGGACAGACAGACCCCACUGGAGCCUGGGAACAAGGCCAACUUCUCAAUCCUGUCCAUGACAGAGCGCCAUGCAGGGCGAUACUGCUGUUACUAUCGCAGUCCUGCUGGGCUGUCAGAGUGCAGUGACCCCCUGGAGCUGGUGGUGACAGGAGUCUACAGGAAGCCCACCCUCUCAGUCUUGCCCAGCUCUGUGGUGGCCUCAGGCAGGAACGUGACCAUUCAGUGUGGUUCCCAGCUGGCAUUUAGCAGGAUCCUUCUGACUAAGGAAGGAGAACACCCGCAGUCCAGGACCCUGAGUGCAUGGCAUGUGCACUCUGGGCAGAUUCAGGCACUGUUCCUUGUGAGCACCCUGAACUCUACCCAGAGGUGGACAUUCAGAUGCUACGGCAGUUACCAGAACAAUUCCCAUGUCUGGUCAGAAUCCAGUGACCCCCUGAAGCUCCUGGUGUCAGAGUUGCAGCCUCAGGACCACACACUGGAGAAUCUCAUCCGGAUGGCUGUAGCUGGCUUAGUCCUUGUGGCUCUUGGGAUUUUGCUGUUUGAGGCUUGGCACAGCCAGAGAAGGACCCACCAUGCAGCCAUGAGCUUACAUAGGAGAGAGACCCACAGCUUUGGUUCUCAAGCACAUACCCAAGUGGGAAAUAUAUAUGUGCCACACGAUGCAGUCACAAGUGAACAGGAGUGUCCUCAUAUUUCCAAAUACCAUAAAGUACAAAAAUACAUCUAAGCAAACAGAGAAUAUAA